CAAAAAGUAAAGCUGGAGAAGAAGGUCAAGAGAUUUCUUUUCUACAAAAUUGAACGAGGUGGAGAUCGAAACAUUCCCAAAGCAAUGGGUGAAUGAUCUUCGUUUCGCCCAUCUGUAAAACCUCCUGCAGUAGGCUACGAAACAACAAUGGGCUUUUCGGGGAAGGUCUCUAAACAUAUAGGACUCCUUGUAUAACAAACUGCUCCUUUAUUGUGUCAAUUGAUUGACCCAUUCGAGAAUGAUGAUCAGUGGCCAUCGCAUUUCACAGCAGUUGCGAGAGUACAACCCUUGCCAAUUAGGGAUUUGCAGUUUCAACGGCAACAAGCAUUGUUGGUUAUAUUACGAUAAAGCUCCAGCCGGGCCGCCGCCGCCUCGUAGAUUCCCUUUCUGUUUUAGGUGCACACCUUCCUCGAAAAGGUUCUCGAGAUUCCAGUUAUUGGGCACCAGUUCUUCGUGUUCAUCUUCUUCUUCGCCUGUUGCCAAUGAUAACGACGACAUAACUGGAGUCUCAUUCGUUAAUAACGAAAAUUGCCGGCAAGACACCUCUGCGGCUCCUGUUCUCUCGGGGUCUUUGAGCCCAGUUGAAAAUGGUUGGCAUCCUCCAUCUGAAGGACUGUCCUCGGUGGCAGGAGGGGUAGUAGCACUGGGAAAGUUUGAUGCCCUUCACAUUGGUCAUCGGGAACUUGUAAUCCAAGCAGCAAAGAUAGGAGUUCCAUUUCUGUUAUCUUUUGUCGGUAUGGCAGAGAUACUUGGGUGGGAACCUAGGGCUCCUAUAGUUCCUAAAUGUGAUCGGAAGCGGAUCCUCUCCUUAUGGGCUCCAUUGUGUGGUAAUGUUGUACCUAAGGAAUUCCAUGUUGAGUUUUCAAAAGUUCGACAUCUCACUCCUAAGCAAUUUGUUGAGAAGUUGUCAGAGGAGCUUGGAGUUCGUGGUGUUGUGGCAGGUCAAAACUACAGGUUUGGAUAUAAAGCUGCUGGUGAUGUAUCUGAUCUGAUGCGACUGUGCGAAGAGUAUGGCAUGAAGGCUUGUAUAAUAAAUUCUGUCAUGGAUAAGAACCAAGAGUUUGUAACCACAGCUUCUAGCAAUUCAAAGGAGCAAGGGCAAGUAUCAUCAACUCGUGUUCGUUAUGCACUUGCCAAUGGAGACAUGAAAUAUGUGUCAGAGCUGUUGGGACGCCACCAUCGCCUGAUACUAAUGGUUAAGGACAAGAAAGAAAAGUUUUUUAGAGAUAGAAAAAGGCUAUCAGCUUCGAGGUCUUGUUUGUUGAAUCUUCCACCGAGAGAAGGUCUCUAUAGAAAUUGUUCUCUCGUGAUUGGUGACGAGAAUGUGGUACCGUGCAGAGUCACUAUCGAUACGACGGAUAUUCAUUUGGAAUGGGAUGAAUUAGAUCCUCAUAUAAAUCUUACUGCUCAAAACUUAGAGUUAUUGGGUAUCGACUUCGGUGACUCCGAUGUUUAACGCUGUUUAGUUUUUUCAUCUGGUUUCUUUUGCAUUAUCAUUUCUUGGAUGACUAUGUUCUUUUUGUCCUUUUACCAGUAGAAGUCAUCCUAUGCAGAAGCAAGGAUCAGUUUUUUUUCUUUUCUUCUUUUUCCGAAACGAAGCGACGAUCAGUUUUGUUUCUUAACUUGUUAAUAAUAGCAUAGCACAUUUAGUUACCAACUUGUAUAUUGUUUCUCCUCCUCCUCCUUUUGCUCUAUCUUUCACUUUAAAUCCAAAAAAGUUGUUCUUA